AUGGAAUCCAAUUCUCCCCUCAAGGCCCUUCUAUUUGGAGAUGAUAGCUUGUUCCUGAUUAAAGUUUCUUUAGAUCAAGCCUCGACCUUAAAAGGUAUUCUAGCUGAUUAUGGUGAUGUUAUAGGUCAGCUUAUAAAUCUUUAUAAGUCUUCUAUCACCUUUGGGAAUAAAGUUGAAGUUGGAGUGAGGAUUCAAAUUCAAGAAAAAAUGGGUACUGUUAAAGAAGGCGGUGCAGGUUCUAAGGUGGAGUUGUUAGCCUAUAUCCACGAGAAAAUGAAAAACAGGAUGUUAGGUUGGUUUGCACAAUCUCUAUCUCAAGGAGGGAAAGAAAUCCUCCUGAAAGUUGUGGUUAUGGCUAUGCAAGUCUUUGCAAUGACCUGCUUUAAACUCCCCAAAAACACUUAUGAGAAAUUGACAUCAGCUAUGUCGGCUUUUUGGUGGGAUUCCACAGAAGAUAAAAGGAAAAUGCAUUGGAUUGGGUGGGAUAAAUUGUGUCUUCCAAAGCAUCUAGGUGGCCUCGGUUUUAAAGACAUCCCAAUAUUCAACCAAGCUCUCCUUGCCAAACAAGCAUGGAGGAUCCUACAGGAUGGCAAUAGUCUCGUUGCCAGUUUCGUCAAAAGCAGAUACUUUGAGGAUGGUGAGUUUCUAACUGCAGACCUUGGUGAUAGACCGUCUUUUGCUUGGAGAAGCAUUUUACAUGGUAGGGAUCUCUUGAAAAGAGGGUUGAGACAAAUGAUUGGUGAUGGUGAAUACACUUUUGUUUGGUCCUCUCGGUGGGUUCUCGAUGGAGUUAUGCGAGCCCCUUUAAUGAAAAAUAUCAUUUUUGAUCUGGAUUUAAAGGUUAAUGAGCUUAUUGAUUAUGCCACUCUCUCUUAG